AUGCCGGAUUGGAGAAUAUACCAUCCAACCGGGACCUUCACAAGUCCCGAUCAGAGGGAGACCUUGUCAAAGGCAAUAACUUCUAUAUAUACUGACGUUGGGUUGCCUGCAUUUUAUGUGGUUGUCCUAUUUAUUGAGAUGCCACCCGCUACCAUGUACCGAGCCGGAAUUUCUUGCUCCGGGGAAGGGACAAAGCCUUUUGUUAGGCUUACAUUCAGCCAUAUCGCAAGACACUUUCCUCCGGGCGAGAGCCCUAUGCGAACUCGUUUCAUGAAUGAAGUACAUGAGACAUUGAAGCCGUUUAUUGCAGACGAAGGCUACAACUGGGAGGUCAACGGCGAGGAGCUUGAGCGCGAAUUCGUCCACGUCAAUGGUUUCAGAAUCCCUCCUACUGGGUCUGAGGAUGAGAAGAGGUGGUUCCGUGAAAAUGAACCGUCGCCUUGGGGACCUUACCUUACGGAGUAG